GAGAGAGAGCGAGCGAGUGAGUGUGUGAGAGAGAGAGUGUGUGUGUGUGUGUGAGCGAGAGAGAGAGAGAGAGAGAGAGAGAGCGUUGAACGACACGACUGUAUCUGUACCUGUCCGGACGGGGAUGGAGAUGCUGCAUGGAUCCGCAGGUGUCCAAACGGCGAAGGCGUUGAAAAACGCGGCGGUGUGUCUGAUGCUUCUCCCGCGGUUCCUGCUCGCGGCACUGACGCUCUGGCUCCUGGAUUUCCUAUGCAUCCGAAGGAAGCUUUUAAUGAAGAUGCGGGAAAGCGACAUCGCGAGCCCUGACGACCCGCCGAUGUGCGUGUCCGACUCCAACAAGAUGUUCACGCUCGAGUCGCUGCGCGCCGUGUGGUACGGACAGAAGCUGGACUUCUUUAAAACGGCGCGUCUGGGCGGCGCGGCGCCCAACACAGAGGUGGUUCCGCUGGACAGCACGCGUCUGAGAGGCACGCGGACGAUUCUAGACUACGCCCGCGGGAGGAGACCUCUCAUAGUCAACUUCGGGAGCUGCUCCUGACCGCCGUUCAUGACGCGCCUGUCGGCGUUCCAACGCGUCGCACGGCAGUACGCGGACAUCGCAGACUCGCUGCUGGUGUACAUCGAGGAAGCGCAUCCGUCAGACGGCUGGGUGAGCUCCGACGCGCCGUACCAGAUCCCGCGGCACCGCUGCCUGGAGGACCGGCUCCGCGCCGCGGAGCUCAUGAACCAGAAAGUACCGGAGUGCGCAAUAGUCGUGGACACCAUGGAGAACUCGUCCAACUCGGCGUACGGCGCGUAUUUCGAGCGCCUGUACAUAUUAAAGGACGAGAAGGUCGUGUAUCAAGGCGGGAGGGGUCCGGAGGGCUACCGGAUCUCGGAGCUCAGAGACUGGCUGGAGCGUUACCGGAACGAGCUGGAAGCGUCAGGCGCGCCGGUGGUUGUGCACGUGUAAAAGACGCACGCGGAUGGAUGUUUGGAUGUUUUCUCCACUUCUCUCGUGUCCUUAAGUCAUCAAAACAUGCACUCUUGUUUUAAGCGAACUUUGGGUCAGAUAUGGAUAGACGCAGCCGUUGAAAUUGCAUUUUUAACCCAACGGUCGGGUUUGGUCAUAUUUGACCCAAAAAUGUUUUUUGUUUUGUUUCAUUUUUUUAGUGUAGUGACUGUUCUUCGCUCUUACCAACAGAGUCAUUGAGUCCGGUUUGACUGGGAUCUUUAUAAUGUUUAGCUUCUACGGAUCAGUGUUUUUUGGUUCCACUUUAGUCCAUUUUAGACAUUAAACCAUAAGUAACUUUGCAAAUACAUGUCAACUAACUGUCAUUAUCAGAUAUUAAUCAGAUCGACAUGUAGUUGCAAAGUUACUUAUGGUUAAAUCAAUGUCUAAAGGGUACUAUCGAAAUAAAAUGUGUUUUUUUUGGGUUCUUCGAAAUAAGCUAAUGUCUCUUUGGAUAAGGAUUUUGUUCUGAGCUUGAGCCAGGCUUGUUUUUAACCCGGGGUCCAUCACCGUAAAGCCGUCUCCUCAGGUAGCCUAAAAAUGGGUUACACACACCAUUUACAAAGUCAUUUAAAACAAUUCAUUACAGUUGCACAUUUCACUUUGUUUACAGUGUGGACCCCUGGGAGAAAAAAAUAGUUUUUUUAAAAUAUAUUUUCAUUAUAUAUAUAUAUAUAUAUAUAAGACAGAUGGAUGUUUUCCCAUGCAAUCUCUUGUGUCUUUAUAAUGAAGUCAUUAGCUGUGUUCAAAACCUAAUGUGAAUGUGUGUUUUUUGUGUGUGCAUUCUUUACAUCAUAGAAAUGCUUUUUAGAAAAAAAUUACACGCACACAAAAAAAAAAAAGUUGUUUCAUGUUUCAAAACAGGAGUAAACGUCAGAUCCGGGGUUUUCUAUGACAUAAACAUUCCGUUUAGAACUAAAUGACGCUUUAUGUUCUCAGCGAACGUUCUAAAGAGUGCUUGAGCUUCUCAUGUGGGUCGAAACCCUUGAUCUGGAGGACGAAGCGUCUCACGGACUGUGAUAAUGUGCAGGUUUUGAACACAGCCAUCAAACCAGUGUCUUCAGCUGCUGCUACAGACUCUCACACACAAUACUGCAGAUGUUGGGUUUCUUUCACGCAUACAGUUAUCUAGACAGAUGUUUAAGCGACCGCAUGAUAGCUGUUGUGCUUUUUGUGUUUUUAUGUCAAUCCAACCUGGCAUUUUAUUUGAAAUAUUGCAAAAACAGUAUAUCUAUCUAUCUAUGACAUAUCCUAUUUUUAUUUUUGUAUGGUAUAUUUCCCCUGUGAGCGUGUGUGUGUGUGUGUGUGUGUGUGUGUGUGAAUGUGCGGCCAGGAGGCCGUUUCAUUGUACUCUGGAGUUAUUGUGAAGAUCGGUUUUUAAAAGGAUUUUAACCAGAAAACCGAUACUGAUGUAAUUUGACACUAGAGUACAGGACAGAGAAAUGGCCUCCAGACAUAUUGCCAAAUGUUGUUUUGUAAAUGGUGUAUAUUUUAUUGAACACUUUUUUAAAUAAAUGGUAGAGCACCCUCUAAA